AGCCAAACAGUUGCGUCUCCAUCUGGCUGCCAACCCACCCAAGCUUUCUUCUCCUCCACCGCCGCCGCCACCUUCCUCCUCCCCGCUCCUUCCCCUCCUUUCCAUCUUCCCUCUCCACCCCCGCCCCCAAUCUCCUCCUCUUUUUCUCACUAAAAACGGUUGCUGCUGCUGAAGCCGAGCGUCACUUGGGCUCCCACCGCAGACAUGGCGACAUUGACAGUGGUCCAGCCGCUCACUCUGGACAGAGAUGUUGCCAGAGCCAUUGAAUUACUGGAAAAACUACAGGAAUCCGGAGAAGUCCCAGUGCACAAGCUACAAUCCCUUAAGAAAGUGCUUCAGAGUGAGUUCUGUACUGCUAUUCGAGAGGUGUAUCAAUAUAUGCAUGAAACGAUAACUGUUAAUGGCUGUCCCGAAUUCCGUGCCAGGGCCACAGCAAAGGCAACAGUUGCAGCUUUUGCUGCUAGUGAAGGCCACUCCCACCCUCGGGUAGUCGAACUGCCAAAGACUGAUGAAGGCCUUGGUUUUAACGUGAUGGGAGGAAAGGAGCAAAAUUCUCCCAUUUAUAUCUCUCGCAUCAUUCCUGGAGGGGUGGCUGAAAGACACGGAGGCCUCAAAAGAGGAGACCAGCUGCUAUCAGUGAAUGGAGUGAGUGUAGAAGGCGAACACCAUGAGAAAGCUGUGGAACUCCUCAAGGCUGCUAAGGACAGCGUCAAGCUGGUGGUGCGGUACACCCCGAAGGUCCUGGAAGAAAUGGAGGCUCGCUUUGAGAAGCUACGGACAGCCCGGCGUCGGCAGCAGCAGCAACUGCUAAUUCAGCAGCAGCAACAGCAGCAGCAGCAACAAGCGCAGCAGAACCACAUGUCAUAGGUCCUUGAAGUAAAGCUACUUGAUCAAACAUCCGAUAGUCACAAAUUUGAAACCGUGCUUCUGAAUCCCAGCACAUAGUAAAAAGAAAAGACAACACUGAUAAUUAUACCUGUCAAGAAGCUGUGAACGCGUGGUGUGUAAAUUCUUUACCAAGGCAACUCGACACCUUCUUUAUCUGGGCUGAACCCGGGCUGCUCGCUGCUCUUCACACACACAGACCUUCCAUUCACUGCAGUGGGAAUUCUGUGUGCCAGUGGAGAGGUUUUCCAGUCUGCAGACUGAAACAGUGCAAGAAUAAAGUCCAUGACUUUCAGAUUAAUCACCAGGGCCAGGAUUAAGUAAACCUUGGGUCUAUAGCUUUUCCAGAGAUGAACAAAACCCUCAUUAGGCUAUAGUUCAAACUGCAUCAGUUCAAUAUUGUCGCCACUUAAAACCUACACAUUGCUCCUCACCCUGACCUGUUUCACGUCCAUAUUGCUGAGCUGUCAGAAUUAGAAAUUCAGUUAAUUGCAAAGUCAACAUCUUUCCCCCUCUUGAAAACAAGUAAUUAUACUAUAUUUAUACUCUCUUCAGGUUCCUGAAGCAAUUGGCUUUUUGUUUUGUUUCCUUGAAUUUUAUUAUGCAUUAAUAGAGUAGGCCGAUAUAGCUCAACUUUUAGUUUGCUAGAAGCAAGGAUAGAGAAAUCAAGUAGUGUAUUUUUUUUUUAAUUUAAGCAUUGCUUGUAUCUAUUAUUAAUUCUAACAGAAUAUAAUGUAUAUUUAUUCCACAAAAUAUAUAUUAUGAGAGUGUAUUUGUUACAAACUUAGGUCUUUCCUUACCAAAUAUUAUGAAUCUGGUAGGAGAUCAUUGUUAGCAAAGGACCUGGUUUCAUGAACCUCAUAUGAUAUUUAUAUAUAACCCUGCACUCAAUAUUAUUUUUUAGGUUUUAUAUUUUUGAUUGAUAAGCUCUAGAGAAAUCUACGCUCUUUCUACCUACACUGAUGUGCCGUCAUAGAAGUCUAUUUGAUAUUUUAAAGCUUGCAGCUUUAACAAAAACUAAAUUAUAAUACGUGUGCAUAUAUAUACAAAUAUGUAUGUCAUACAAAGUUUACAUAAGUUUCUUCAAAUAUAAAAUGGAUAUUUUUGUCAAUCUAAGAUCCAAAGUAUUAUUCCUUUUAAAAUUAGGCAUAUGUGAACCAGUGAUAAUAAUAUUGUAAAUGAAAAGAUACUGCUGCUUCUAGGGGGUAAAGAUACCGCCUUCAUUCCAUGAUUCAUGUAAGUAAAUAGACAAUGAGAUAAUCACCUUUCAGAAACUAUAAUUUACUGGGAAAUGAUCUGUUAGAGCCACAUAUACAGAUGAUAACUUUUGACUUAUGGUAAACCUAGGCAUAUAAGUCUGAUUUUUCUCUAUGGAAUGAAUAGGAAGCAAUAAUUAUUUGGGUACUUAAAUAUCUUAAGCACACAAAUGUACCUGGAAAAAGAAUACAUAUCCAGUUGAAGUAUUCUAGAUCAUUAAAACCGAAGCAAGUAUUUGAAUAUUCCCUCUUCUCAAAUGCAGAAAUUGAUCACCAAAGAUAAAAUAGAAUUCACAUUUCAGACAGUCCUCCAAAUUAAAAAUCUGUAAAGCUCAGUUUAGGAACUGUUUUCAUGAAAAUAAACGAAUCAGAAUUCCUCUACACAUAUUAGUUUGCCCUGUCAGGUGAUGAUGUUGUCAAUGCCAAGUUCUGCCCACUCUUCAUAGCCCAUCACCCAACAGAGGAUAAACAGCAAGGAAACUAGGAGGUGCACCAACUUCAACAAGAUUCUGCUGUAGUAACAGAUUCUCAGGCUUGAAAACAUCAUUUUUUUUACUAGAUAAAGCUGGGUGGAAGGCAAGACUGAGGACUCUGAAUAUUGUGUAAAAUAGGUUUGCAAAAGAGAUAAGCAUGACUAAAAGGAACAAAUGGAUACUGCUUGAGUAUUAUUCAGUUUGAAAGAGGUAGUUCUCAUUUUUAUAAGAAAAAAUUAAUAAAACAUAUAUUUUAGUUAUUAUUUAACAAAGAAAUAUUAAAGGUAUUCAGGCAAUGCCACUGAUUCUCAGAAAGGGAAGUCAUUGAACCUUUGUAAUGAGGAAAUGGUCAUUUUGACACAUUUUAAUACAUUGUAUAAAUUUGGAGCUUAAGGUAUGUUUUUAUUUAGCUGUAUUUGGUUAAUGUUAAAUUAUCAUGUUUUAACAUCAAUAUAAAUAUUUUCAUGGAAUUACAGAACAAUUAACAAAUGAGCAGAUACCUUCCAUUUGUGUUUUCUAGAAGUCCUUGUAUUUUUGUGCUUCAUUUGCAUAAAGAUAAAUGCUAAUAAAUGUAUGCCAGGCCCUUUGUCACAGUGGAGGGGCAAUCCAUCAUACCCAAGACAUCUAAGGACCGAUUACAUGUCCCAGUGUUCCUGCAUACAAGUGUCCAGUCCAAUGGCCACAUUUUUUCAGUAAAAUCUAGUUGUUGAAAUGUAAAUCUUCCCCUAAAGUUUUAAUCAAAAGUAACUACGCCUAAGACUUAGAGAGGGGAGGGGAAAAAUAAGCGCCCAACUGGCGUGGCUCAGUGGUUGAGCAUCGAUCCGUGAACCAAGAGAUCAUCAGUUUGAUACCUGG